GGAAGUUGCACAAUGACUACCGCAGCUGUGAAAGCACAGUUAAAAACUAUGUAGAAUCCAAAUUUUAAAGCGACUGUCUGGUAGUUCAUGGCAGUACGUGAGUCCGAGAGAGUCGGCAGACCUCCGGUGUGUUUGUGCGUCCUCUGUGGGCUGCCUGCUGCUGGAAAGUCCACUUUGGCCUGCAGGAUCCUCACUUCUGUCACAGAGCAUGGAUGGAGAGCAACUGUGGUGCCUUAUGACGACCUGAUUCCUGAGGAUGCCUUUCGAUCUAGAGUAUUGGAGGAUGGUGUCAAAUUGCAAGACAGGCACACCGAAUGGAAGGCCCACAGACACGCUGUGUUGCAGUGCAUUGAAGGGUUUUUGGAAAGGCCUGAAAUGUUAGCAGAGUUUCCAAGCAGCUUGCUGAUCAACAGAGCAGCAUGGGAACGAUGCACUCGAGCUCUGCUACAGCCAGAAGGUUUGAAGUCUGUGGAGGCACCACUUCUCUUCCUGCUGGAUGACAACUUCUACUAUUCCAGCAUGAGAUAUGAAGUAUUCCAACUUUCAAGAAAGUAUUCACUGGGUUUUUGCCAGGUAUAUCUUGAGUGUGAUCUGGAGUCCUGCAUCAGCCGAAACCAAAGCAGGCCACAACCCAUUCCCAGUGAGGUGAUAUUGGAGAUGGUAAAGCGUUUGGAGUCUCCUAAUCCACAGAAGAACUCAUGGGAGAUGCAGAGCAUCUGUCUCAAAUCUACUGACAAUAUUUCCAAAUGUGAUAUCCAGAGAGUGAUGGAGUUGAUCUCUUCUGCUCUGAGUAACCCACUGAGCCUAGCUCAAGACAACACUGAACAAAAGGAAGCUGAUCGUCUGAAAUGUGCAACCAGUGUGGUCCACCAGGCUGACCAGGCCUGUCGACGCCUGAUAUCUCAUGCCAUGAAGACAGCCAGAGAAAACCAACUCCCCCCUAAACACAUGAAGUCUUUGGCUGCUCAGCUGAAUGAUUCUAAAGGAACAUUUCUCCAAAACCUGCGGACACAGUUCCUUCAGGAAGCACCUUUCAUUCAAGGAGAGGACGUCGAUGUGGAGCAUGUGGUGAAAAGAGCAGUGGAGGUUUUUAAUGACAAGAAGAAAGAAAUACUAUUGGGAUUCAUAGAGGAGCAUAAAUUACUUUAAUUUAAAAAGAACUACUUGAAAAUGUGAAUGUGUGAUUCUCUCUAUAUAUCUAAAUGUAAAUAACUUUAUCUUUACUGGACAUUUGCUCUUCAGGUAGUGGACCAUGUGACCUUGAAUAAAAACUCAAGUUU